AUGGAGGGAGAUAAGAAAUAUGGAGCAAGGGCUGAUGGAUGUGGCGUUCAGAGCUCAGCAGAAAAGCAGAUGUGGCGGUGCAUACGGUACAUAUCUGGUGAUAUUGUGACUACUACUACGACUAUGACUGGAGAGGUUCUUCCAAAGGUCCCAAAGGUCCCAAAGGUCCCAAAGGUCCCAAAGGUCCCAAAGGUCACAUUGCUCUCUUCUGAUACCAUUCCAGGAGUUGGAUUUGGAACAGGAACCAAGCAUCGAGUGAAGAAACAAACAGAUCCAAAGCUUGGAAUGGAAACAAUAGAUGAGGAUUUAGUGACUGUUUUAGUUAGUGCACUUCACUCUGGAUUUAGACAUUUAGAUACUGCAGAAUGUUAUCUAACCAGAGUAGAAAUUGGUGAAGCUAUUAGAAGAUCAGGGAUACCGAGGUCUGAGGUGUGGAUUACUGAUAAGUAUGAUCAAGGAUGGAAAUGGAAAGGUGUACUACUUCCAUCCUGUACUCCAUCAGGACCCUAUGAGUCACUUCAUAAGAGUUUGAGACUCAUGAAAGUUGAUUACAUUGAUCUGUUUCUGAUCCACGGCCCUUAUUUUUGCAAAGAAACAUGCAACAUCACGGUAGAAGAGGCCUGGAAGCAGAUGGAACGGUUACUUGAAGAAGGACUUGUUCGAAACAUCGGUGUUUCCAACUUUGAUGUUCCUCUAUUGAAGCGUAUCUUUAAAAUUUGCAAGCAUCAGCCUCAAGUAGAUCAGGUUGAGUAUCAUUUAUAUCAGCAAGAACAUCGCGUGGUGGAGUUCUGUAGACAACAUAAAAUGCUUGUUGAAGCUUAUGCUCCUUUAACUCCAAUGUUCUCUAGUAAAGUUGGUGCCAAUAGACCUGCAGAGCCCGUUAUUGAGGAGCUCUCUGAAAAAUAUCACGUUCAGCCGAACCAGUUAUUACUUAGAUGGGUCUAUCAAUCUGGUGUACUUCCUAUUACUACUUCCAGUAAUCCAGAGAGGAUGAAGAACACCUUCAAGAUCUUUGAAUUCGAACUUGAGCCCGACGACUUCGCCAGAUUAAAGAAUGCAGGUCAGCAGUUCAAAUACAGAGGUUACUUUGAUAAUGCUUUCGAUUUAGAUAUCUAA